CCUGUCAAAAAAAUUGUACAAAAGACUCAUUAAAAAUAAUCUUUUUUAAUUUUUUAACAUACACAAGGCAUUAAACGAUAGAACAUGCUGAGAAAAAACGAAUUUUCUAGGAAUAUGAAAAAGGAGAACAAUAAAUUAAUUAAUACUGGCUAUACAUAAAUAAACAAAAAUAUCAAUUAUCUUGUACAAUUUCGCCUGUCAAAAGACUGUACAAAACGAACGUAAACAAAAACUAAAAUUGUACCACUUUACCAAAAUAGGAAAAAAAAGUCGUGACGAUGAGGUAACUGUAUCAAAUAAGUUUUUUUUUCUCGGUUUGCCGUCGCUGUAACGCGUUGGCAUCAUGUCGGAGACCGAAAGGGGCCGAAAACCGCACUACGUUAGGAGGAACCCCCCUAGUAGGCCCCCGCCGGGGGUCCAAAAGGCGAUGCAGAACUUCGGGGUCAGGGAUUUAAGAGAAAUUUUAGAUAAAAAGCAUCAGGAUCAAGGGGGCGAAAUACCACAGAACGAGAAAAAAAAAAUGCCUCCUCCAGACCCAUCAUACAAUUAUCUAAAAGACCCAGCAAGGGACCGACCGAGCUCUCCUCCCCAUAAACGAGAACCCAAAAAACAACCUCAACAAUUUUAUCAAAAUCCGAAACUGCACCGAUCCAAGACUGAUCCUAACAUCAAAAAUGACAAUUCAACAGAACCCUCAGAAAAAGAUACAUCAGAAACCGUGACAAAAAAGAAAGAAAUUCGAUUUUCUGACAACCCGAAACCUUUUGAGCGGGAACAACAGAAUUACAACAGGGGCAGGGGCAGUUUUAGGAGUAGAGGUCGCCCAAGGAGGAGCAACGAGGAUAAAGUGGAACAGAUUGAAAAAAUCGAGAAUCCUGUCAAUAUUAAGAUUGAACUGAGCACUGAAACUGGAAGGAGGAGUUAUGUGUUGGAUGACUCUACUAAAAUUGCUGACAUCAAACAUGUUCCAGACAACUCCCCAUCGGCUCGGCCAUCUAGAGGCACCAGGGGUCACUUUAGGGGCCGUGGAAGAGGCAGGGGCAGACCAUUUAGGGGCAGAGGCAGCUAUAAUAAAGGGGAAAAGCCUCGAAAUUCAGAAAGUGAUCAGAAAACUGAUGAACAGGAACACGAUAGUACUGAACAAGUAGAUAAUGAAGGAAAUGAGGGUGAAGUGGAAAAACCAAACGAUGCAACGUUUGAUCCGAGUUUAGCCGAAACAAUCACGAUCACUUCGUCAAACUUCGAGGAUGGUGAAGUAAAACGUUCGGUCGAUAUUAUGGAAAAUGGUGCUAAUUAGGUGAUAAGGCGAGUUAUUUUUUCGUGCGUUUUUUUGCUGUGCUUUUUCUUGUGAUCUUUUGCUUUUUAUUUAAUUUAAGCAAAUAUUUUAUUUGUUGGCUCACUUCACUUUUUUUUGUCGGUACAAAAAGAACCGUGUAAGGCGAGCAUAUUAUUUAUAUAUUAUAUAAUUUAUUUAUUUAUUUAUUCAUUGUUGUGGCGUAAAGGGAGAAAAAAAAUCAACGAAAAAAAAGCAAUAAAAUUGUUCAAAACCAAAUAUAUUUUAUAUUGUGACUUAACGAAUUAAUAAUAAUAAUAAUAAUAUAUAUAAACAUUGUAUACAUAAAAAAUUAUAUAAAUAUUUUUCUACUAACUUAUAAAGAUACAUUAUACACCAUAUUAUAUGUAUAUCACGAAAAUAAAAUAAAAUUGUAU